AUGGGAUGUUCUCUAUCAACACUGCUGGCAUCAUCGACAUCGCCGUUGUCCGACCUCAUCUCGGAGCAUAUCGUUGGUUUCAUCGCCAUCUGCCCUCGUGCUGAGACCCUGACAGCCAGCCAAGUAUCACGUCUACAGCAUAUGCGUUACAUGCCUAUUCCUCUGUUCGAGAUCUUCCGUUGGUGGGACAGACGAGGAGGUGCUGAGAGUGCCAGUGUUGCUCGCUACGCAGGCAAAGAGGCAGACUCGGAGACCAAACGACUUCAACUACGAUUCAACGAGCAAAGUAAAUCUGAAGUGUUCAUGGCAAUGGCUCUUGGAUCGAUGCCAAGGUAUCAGAAUGACGAGGCCGUUGGAGGAUUGCCUGGUGAGGCUAUUUGGUCUGGUCUUCGUAUUCCUACAUUCUGUAUCGGUGGAGAGCAGGACCACGUAACGCCGCCCGAGAACGUCGAAUUGAUUGCCAAAUGGCUAGGACGACAGGUGCCACGAGAGCAUACAGUCACCAAGGAUAACUCCCUGCCCAGUUCUGCUGGCGAGAUCCCUAUCAUCGACAACACUCCAAUCGAAGAGAACGGCAGAAGUUUCGUCCCCGCUGCAACCAAUCAGGACCUGGUAUCCGAAACUCGAUCAGACAGUGCGACAUCAGGUCUCCCGAAGAAGCCGAAGUUCGUUCUCAAGACAACGGUACUGCCUCAACCUGCUUCUCAUGCCUUGCUGUACGCUACCUCGACUGUGCGCAUCCUUUCAGGCUUGAUCCAGUCCUUCGCCGCCACACAUAUCGAUCAUCGUCUCUCUCUCGGCUGGCAGUUGCAACACCUGAGCACAGAAGGCAAGUGGGAUGUGAAGAAUCUCCAGAAGUGGCAAGCCAUCAACCCUGUCUCUGAGCCCAUUGCCGGUAUCUUCAGAGCACAGAAGACACUGCGCGAGAUUGACGAAGAACACACACCAACUGUGUACGUGAAGCGAUGGGGUACCAAGAGCGGCAUCAAGCAUGGUGUCCGCAUGGUCGUCGAUAUCAGUCAUGAGAGUCCUGUCUACGAUCCCAAGGGACUGGAAGAAGGUGGCAUAGAAUACCACAAGUUUCCUACAGUCAGCAAGCUGCCGCCAACAGUGGAAGAGUAUGGAGAGAAGACCAACACUUUCGUAGAUAUUCUAGCGCUCAUUUUCGAUUCUCUGGGCGGUGGGAGGCGUACAUGGGGGCUCAGUGGUUCUGGCUUGGUUUAG